CCUCUCCUCCUCCCGCCAUGGCAAAGGCCUCGGAAAUCGCUGGCAAUGCGUCUGACGAUGUGAAGGCGGCGUUCAGGGAUUUGUCGAUGUGGUUUUCGAGGGACGGGAAACCGCGUGGCUUUGCCGCGUCCGUCGGCGCACGCAUCUCAGUCGACGAGGUGUCGAUCCUAAAGAAGGCGGAGGAACCAACGAGGGAGGAGGCGAGACUCGUGUGCUCGCUGGAGGUCACUGAGGACAUGCUGAACGGCGCGGGCAGUAUGCAUGGCGGAUGUUCAGCAUACUUGAUUGACUUCUGCUCUUCUCUGGCCCUUUCAGCUCACUCGGCGCACGCAUAUGGAUCGCCCGUCUUCAUGGUUUCGCAGGCACUUAACGUCGUCUACCACUCCCCUGCCGUGUUGGGCGACAGGAUACGGAUCGUGAACACGUCCAUCGCGCUGGGUGCACGAGCGUCAUCGGCAAGGACGGAGAUCUGGAACGACACGCACCAUCGUCUCGUCGCAUCAGGCGUUCACAUCAAGAUGCAGCCUUCUCCGCCGAAGACCAAAUUAUAAUGUGCCACAAUAUCUGCACCUCGUCCCCUGUGCGCCAGACCAUCUAUUUCCAUGCUUGAUUAUAUCUGCGACCGUUUGUAUGUCGUAUGAGGCGGUACAGACUACAGGAGCGAUCACAAUGAGCCUCGG